AUGUCUAUCCCAAAAGGCAUCGCAUUGAUAACUGGGUCUGCGCAGGGAAUAGGCCGUGGCAUCGCCCUGCGGCUUGCACGGGAUGGUUUCGACGUCGCUCUCAACGACUUACCCAACAAGGAUGCUAAGUUGGAUUUGGUAGCGACUGAAAUUAAAAGUUUAGGGAGACGAGUCUGCGUCAUUCCCGCUGACGUGAGGGUCGACAGAGAAGUCAAAGAGAUGGUCGACAAUGCUGUUACCAAGCUUGGUGGAUUGGACGUCAUGGUUGCUAAUGCCGGAGUACUGACGUUUGCCUCGCUUCUAUCAACAACUGUUGAGACAUGGGACCGGAUUUUCUCAGUAAACGCCCGUGGAACUUUUCUGUGCUACAAGUAUGCUGCCAUGCAGAUGAUUGAACAGGGUCGUGGUGGUCGAAUCAUUGGUGCGAGCUCGCUCGGGGGCAAAAUCGGCUUUCCCUACAAUUCCUCGUAUGGAGCGAGCAAAUUUGCAAUUCGAGGGCUUACUCAAGUUGCAGCUCUUGAGCUUGGCCAACAUGGUAUUACUGUAAAUGCAUAUGCUCCUGGCGGGAUAGAGACUCCAAUGGCCGAGAGUAUGAUGGAUGAGUCUGGGAACGUGGAUUUGGCAAAAAUUUUCGACGAUCCUGUCUCAAGGAAGUGGGUGGUAGCGUUACUUGAGAAUGUUCCUAUCAAGCACGCGGGACAGCCCGAAGAUAUAGCUAGCAUUGUAAGCUACCUCGCAUCGAAGGAAGCGCACUUCAUUACCGGUCAAUGUAUUUCUGUCGAUGGAGGAAUCAGCAUGAACUGAGAAGGCCAAGUAAAUGAUUAUGUUCUUACUUCUCGCAGAUCCUAUGAUGUGAUUACAAUAUUAACUCCAGUAUUUCCCUCCGCUU